AUGUCAGCCUCGGCGCCAGCACCUCCAACCAUUGUGAUCAAUACUCCUGGCGCACCAACAUCGACCGUCUCUGCUCCCAGAACCGAGCCCGCAAAGGUGCGACCUCAGAAGCCCGCCCUUGUCAAGCAGUGCUACCUCUGCGACGAGCAGAACCCUGGCGACUUCUCUCCGACCACCAAAUUCCUCGAGACUUGCCUGCUCUGCUCCCGCCAUUUCUGCCCCAUUCACAAGUCUGUUAGCUGGGACCAGGUCUGCAACAUCAAUCAUGCCGAGUACUACCGCGAAUGUUUGGAGAAGGCAAGGCAAGAGUUAAUCGCUCAGGGGAAAACAUCCGAGGCAAACAGGCGAUCUCUUGCGGAGGUGUUGAUCAAUGAGGGUAUUUAUCCGAGUUUGGGCGAGCGGGAGAAGGCUAUUUUCACAACGAGCCCCGUCAGUGAGACCAAAAUGCAAGAACUCGCCAACUUCCGCUCCCUCGACGCCGCCCUGUCGGGAACUAGCACGCAGCCCAAAAGCCAGUUAAUUGAAGAGAAGGACUUUGUCGGGGCAGAUAUUGCUGUGUAG